AUGGGGGGAGAGAAAAAUUUUGAGGGAGGGCAAUGUGAGUCUGAAGGGAAGAAUAUGGGGGCCAGUGGGGAGGGGGGUUCUAUGGGAAUUGAUAAAGCACCAGUUUCAGACCUAUUAGCGUACCAAGAGUUGAAUUUUUGUGAAUCAAAUUUGUGUAACAAUAAUAAAUUUGCCACAAUUAAUUUUGCUUUAGGAAAUCCUAAGGUUGUUAUUGAUUGGACCAUUGUUUGCUAUGAUAGAGGAGUGAUAGAGGGAUUAGGAGGGGAUGAUGAAUGCUAUAAG